AUGAACGCGCAGGUAUCAUUUCUCGAUGGCACAUAUACGCUGAUUCACAUUCCUCUCAGCCUCUACUCGACCCUGCUCCAGCCAAUCCUCCGAGUACUUCUGCCACAAUCUCAGGGAACGGGAGGUCUGCGCGAUUCGCCCGAGUACGAGUUGCAGGGUCUCACACCUGAUGGCCAGCAUGGCUUUCUGAAUAUUAGCAUCACUCCUCUUGAGUGUUCUGUUGUCUGUCACACCUCAUGGGCUCAAAAUGUCUUCGAGCCAGUCCUCAAAGCUAUGCCGCGCGACACUGCGAAAGCUGUUUCCGUUUCCAAAGAAUCCUAUAUGGUACUUUCAGUCAUAAGUGCUGGGCUCGAUGCCGGCGGUCGUGUGAUGGAACUGACCUCUCCGCUGGCCCUCGCUGGUAUCCCCAUCUUCUUCAUCACGACAUAUUACUCAGACUUCAUCCUGGUCCCUACAAAGGAGAGGGAAAACGUGGUCAAGUCUCUCAUUGCAAAAGGCUUCGAGCUGUCCGACAACGAGUCCAACUUCAUCACUUCCGCUGCCAAUCACAAGCAGGGCCCUGGAUUGUCUGUAACCUCUCCGCCACAUGAAGGCCUCCCUCUCAAUGUCGCCGAGUUGCAAACACGGAUUUUUGGUACACUUAAGAAGAGGCAUGUGGCGCCCCAGAUUGAGGAAGCGCUUGAAUUAGUGCAGUGUUCCGGUCGCGAAGCAUCGCAGCUUGCAAACUUCACCCAUCAGAGGCCUUCAAUCAGCCGCCACGCAACAGGAAACGGCCGCCGACCAAGUUGGGCAGACAAUGUGGACACAAAGCUCUAUACGUGCAUCAUCUCAGCGCUCGUAUCGCAGCCCCGAUUUAUGUCCGUCACUCUUGCUCAGGAUGACCCGCCAUCCCUGUUGCUCGACAAGAAUCUUCUUGACAUAUUUGGUGACUCCCUCGUCGGGGACACAGAUGCUAGCCUGAUACCGAUCUUCCUGGACUUGAAAACUCUUCCUCUGGAGGCCACGGGUAUUGUUUGCGGUGUCGCUGGUAUACUCGUACAAGACACUCAGAUAGCGGCGAGUUCUGAAUUAUCUUAUCUCUCUACUGCUCAGGCAGGUGCUGUGAUUCUUUCUGAAGAGCAGUCCGUCAGGGCCAUGGGUAUAUUGAAGCCAUUGCUCAGUGAAGAGCUGUAA